AUGAGUUCACCAGUCCCCAUGCCAACAGCUCGCCAAGCCGAGCUGCUUGAUCGGUUCAGAGAAUAUUCCCGUCUCGAGCGCGAGGGCCAUCCGAUCGAAGCAUUGAGGGCGGCCAAAGAACUAGUCAAGGAGCAAGACCUCAAUCCCUACCAUGCCGCAGAAUUGCACUUGAAACUGGCCGAUGUCCCCGAAAUUGGACUUUACCAUGCCUCAGAGGGCGUCAAAACUUUCACACAGCUGAAAGAAACCGAUAACAGUCGAGACAUUAGGUGGAAGUUGCAGGAGGCAGAAAACGCCAUGCAAGAAGCGCAAACGAUUGAGAAGGCUUGGUCGAAGCGUCUGGAUGCAAUGACACCGGAAACCAGAGAGGCGGCUGUACAAAACCGCUACAAUGAUUACUUUUCCAAGCAUGAAAGAGACGAGUUAUCCUCCAGGGGAACUGAAACAGAGAAGCCGUGCCCUCUUGAAUUUGACAACCCAGUAAAAAAGGGGAGGACCGCCGAUUCGGGUGGUGAGAAGGAGGAGAAAGAGGAAAAAAAGUUGGAAGAGUAUGAAGAAGCACGGAAGUUUCUUGCUUCGUGA